GGAAAUGAUGAUUCCCAAAAUAAUUAUGUAGAAAGCAGACGAGAAGUGGAGGGCAGAAGCAGUGGAGAGAGAGAAAGAGAGUUCCCCACCACGAGUUGAGUUUGACGCACACAAAUUAGCGCCGUCGAAGCUGAUUGUGCGGCGUCAAUUUUCGUCUUCAAUCUCUCCCCUCUCUUCUCUUCUCUCUCAGUCUCAGACACACUCACAAUUUGUUAGGGAUUUAAUUAGGAUUACGAGUGAGUGAGUGAGUGAGUCACACACAAAUUACACAUAACAGUUAAUUUCAAUUCAAUGCAUGGAGGAACAACAGCAGCAGAAACGCCCUCUCAAUAUUGACUGGAACUCCCUCAUCGACAACACGCCGCCGGCGGUGUUGGUGGUGGAGCCGCCGAUGGCCUCCGAUCAGCCGCCACACUCGGCCUCCUUUGGCGGCGGCCUCGACUCCCUCACAGAUCACCAACUCAGGGAAAACAUUGCCAGAAGGAAGAAUACCUACCAAAAUACAGGAAAAAACUUGCCCGACGGUGGUGCCAAACUUCUCUCCGCCAUCGAACGAUUCGAAGAAGAGCUCAGCCGCCGUGAAGCUAACCCUCGUCCCAAGAAAGAGCAGAAGAAGGCCGAACAAGCAGGUACAAGCUCAGUUGCUGAUGGCGUGUCUUACGACUUGAGACACGAGAAUGUGUCAUCUCAAGCACAGCCACAAUCCACUUUUGCAUCUUGUUUUAUGAAGAAAAUUAAAGAUGAUAAGCAGAGUAAUUUGAAACAUUGCAACAGCCAGAUAAUACGUGACGAUCGAGAACCUAAAGGAAGAAAGAGGCAGCGAUCAUCUUCAAGACAGUUUCCAUUUCAAUGCCCUAGCAGUCGUUCCAAGCGUGGUUAUGAUGAUAAAAUUUCAAGAGCAACUUCCGCUAUCUCCCUGCAGAAACUUGACAGACACCUGUCAAGACGCUACCCAAAAGGGAAGGAUGCUUUUCAGACAAUGCAAUCAGAUGGCUCAAGGUCCAGGAAUGGUCAGCCCAUUGUUCUUGACGAUGAUGACGAUGACGAUGAUGAACCUCUUAUUUUGGAGAACACAGAAAAUAAACUUUCUGAAUACUUGAAAGAAGCUAAGAUCUAUUUUCCAUCAAGAGAUGAUCCAGAGUGUGUAGAAAUUUGUUACAAAGACACAGAUUGCCUUGCCCCUGAAGGCUAUUUAUCAUCAACUAUUAUGAACUUCUACAUACGAUAUUUGCAGCAGCAAGCAUCUUUGACAAAUAGUUCUUUAUCUGACUACCAUUUCUUCAAUACAUAUUUCUACAAGAAGCUCAAAGAAGCUGUUUCCUGCAAGCAAAGUGACAGAGAGACAAUCUUUGUGAAGUUCAGAAGGUGGUGGAAGGGUGUAAAUAUUUUUCAGAAGGCAUAUGUUUUGAUUCCAAUACAUGAGGAUCUUCAUUGGAGCUUGAUCAUUAUUUGUAUCCCGGACAAAGGAGAUGAAUCGGGGCCAAUCAUACUUCAUUUGGAUUCUUUGGGUCUUCACUCUAGUCAAUCAGUUUUUGACAAUAUUAAAAGCUAUCUGAUUGAAGAAAAGAAAUAUAUGGAUCGAGAUUGUGUCUACUCAGAUGUUUCAAUUGCGGACAGGAUAUGGAAGUGCCUUUCUCGUAGAAUUGAAGCUCAAGUCAUCACGAUUGUGUUGCACUUUACCCACCAGGUCCCCCAACAGAAGAACGAGUAUGAUUGUGGUCUUUUUGUAUUGUACUUCAUUAAGCGUUUCAUGGAAGAGGCGCCGGAAAGACUGAAAAAGAAAGAUUUAGAUAUGUUUAGCAAGCGAUGGUUCAGACCUGAAGAGGCAUCCAGUUUGAGAGUGAAAAUCAAGAAAUUGCUUAUAGAAGAACUACAAAAUUCAAUUAGCCAUAAUUGUAUCUCAGAAUCUUCUCCAGCAUCUUCUGGCAAUGCAACCGAAGGGGUUGAGACUGCCCAGGAUUCUUUGACCUAAUAUAGCAAUAUGAAUUGCAAUGCUGGUAUCAUUGGUUGAUGAACUGUUGAUAGUUGAUAUAGUUGGUGCCCAUGUUUUUUGCCCGUGUACAGUACAGCCAUGGAGCUGGUAGUUUUGGGAUGUAGAGUUUCCUAUGGCCUGGUAAAUAGUCCAACUGAUACAAGAAAGGUUAUGCCGUGCGGAAAUAACAAUUUGCUUGUCCAGUUUCUAACCAUUACUUGUGGGUUAGCAGUUGCUUCUAACUAUAUAGUAGGAAAUAGUACAGAGCUGAUGACAAGACUUGAAGGUGAAUCUAGGAGAAACUGUGUACUUGAAUCAUUAAAUGUUGGCAAUUUCAAUUGAAGUUAUUUUAGUUCCA